AUGAUCACAGCGCGCGAGUUCCUGGACCAGGCCUGGCAGCGCGAGGACAAGAUCCUGUUGUCGCCUAACCUGACCAGGAUCAUCGAACGAUUCAACCAGGUGAGCUACUGGGUGGCGACGUGCAUCCUCACGCAGUCCAGCAUCGAGAAGCAGGCGCUCAUCAUUAGCAAGUUCAUUCGGCUGGCGCUGGACUUGUUCAAGCUUCACAACUACAACGGUGUUGCCGAAAUCACAUCGGCGCUCCACAACAGCGCCGUACAGCGUUUGAGGCAGACGUGGCUAUUGAUGCCGGAGCGACACCUGAAGAAACUACAGAAACUGGAACAAAUCAUGCAGCCCCAGCAGAACUUCUGGACGUACAGGUUAGUGUCGCACGCACAACGCACACGCGCACACACGCACACACCACCACGCUGCUGA